AUGCUGAAUUUUUCGUUUUUCUUUCUUUUGUUUUUUUUUCUUUCUUUCUUUCUUUCUUUCUUUCUUUUCUUUCUUUCUUUUUUUUUAUCCGUUUUCAAUUUUGAUUUUCCUGAUCUUUUACUUUUUUUGUUUUAUUUUCUUUUGUUUUGCUUUCUUUCUUUCUUUCUUUCUUUCUUUCUUUCUUUUUUCUUUCUUUCUUUCUAUCUUUCUUUCUUUCUUUCUUCCUUCCUUUCUUCCUUUCUUCCUUUCUUUCUUUCUUCCUUCUUCCUUCCUUCCUUCCUUUCUUUCUUUCUUUCUUUCUUUCUUUCUUUUUCCUUCCUUUCUUCCUUCCUUUCUUCCUUUCUUUCUUUCUUUCUUUCUUUCUUUCUUUCUUUCUUUCUUCCUUCCUUCCUUUUCUUCCUUUCUUUCUUCCUUCCUGCCUUUUCUUUCUUUCUUUCUUUCUUUCUUUCUUUCUUUCUUUCUUUUUUUUUUCUUUCUUUCUUUCUUUCUUCUUUCUUCCUUCCUUCCUUCCUUCCUUCCUUUCUUUCUUUCUUUCUUCCUUUCUUCCUUCCUUCCUUUCUUUCUUUCUUUCUUUCUUUCUUUCUUCCUUUCUUUCUUUCUUUCUUUCUUCCUUUCUUUCUUUCUUUCUUUCUUUCUUUCUUUCUUCUUUCUUUCUUUCUUUCUUUCUUUCUUUCUUUCUUUCUUUCUUUCUUUCUUUCUUUCUUUCUUUCUUCCUUCCUUUCUUCCUUUCUUUCUUCCUUCCUUCCUUUCUUUCUUUCUUUCUUUCUUUCUUUCUUUCUUUCUUUCUUAGUCGGCAUUUCUUUAGGGUUCAUUCGUUCUUUAUUAUAUUUUUUUCGCAUUCUCUUUUACUGUUUACUUUCAUGGCUUCUCUCUUUAUUUCUCUCUUUCUUUCUUUUUCUUUCUUUUUACUAUAAUAAUUUUUCUGUCUUCCUUUCUUUCUCUCUUUCUUCCUUUCUGGCAUUUAUUUUUAUUUCUUUCUUUCUUUUUCUUUCCUUCUUUCUUUCUUUCUUUCUUUCUUGUUUCUUUCUUUCUGCCUUUUUUAUUUAUUUCUUUAUUUUUUCUGUCUUUCUUUUUCUUUCUAUCUUACAUUUUAUUUCUUUUUUAAUUUCUUUCUUUCAUCUUUCUUUCUUUCUUUCUUUCUUUGCAUAUCCUUCUUUUUUUUCUUAUCUCUUUCUUUUUUUUUCAUUCUUUCUUUUGUCUCCCUUUCCGUCAUUAUUUUUUCUUUCUUUCUUUCCUUCUUUUUUGUUUCUUUUUUUCUGCCAUUAUUUUUACUUUCUUUCUGUCUUUUUAUUUAUUUAUUUUUUAUUUAUUUUUAUUACUUUCUUUUUUCUUUCUUUCUGUAAUUAUUUUUCUUUCUUUUUCUUUCUUUCCUUCUUUCCUUCUUUCUUUCUUUCUUGCUUCUUUCUUUCCGCCUUACUUUUUAUUUAUUUCUUUAUUUUUUCUAUCUUUCUUUUUUAUUUCUAUCUUUCAUUUUAUUUCUAUUUUACUUUCUUUCAUCUUUCUUUCUUUGCAUUUCUUUCUUUUUUCUCUUUUCUUUCUUUCCUUGUAUUUCCUUCUUUUUUUCUUUCUUUUCUUUCUUCCUUUUAUCUCCCUUUCAGUCUUUAUUUUUCUUUCUCUCUUUUUUUCUUUCUUCAGUGCUAUUUCUUCCUUUCUAUCACACAUAUCAUUAGAUUCUUUCCUUCUCCUCCGCAGUCUUUGUUGAUACGGAUGUAUCGAUCUCGGUCGAAGGUACCCCGCUUGCCAGUUGUGACUGCCGUGUCCGAAUUUCGCUAUCUCGGAGUUCAGUUCAACUGGAAGUGCAUGGCCCGAACGCCGCUAGAUCUCGAGAAACUUCUAGUCCGUGUCAAUCGCGCUGCGCUAAAACCACAACAAAAGCUGUCGAUCCUUGAGAAAUUCUUGCUACCGCGCCUGCAACACCAGCUAAACUUUGGCCGACUACACAAGGGCGAGAUCGUCAGAGCGGACAAAGCAGUCAGACGGGCCGUCCGCAGGUGGCUUCAGCCGCCGGCAGGUUGUCCCAAUUCCGCGAUACAUGCUCCCGCGAAAUUCGGUGGUUUGGGGAUAAAUCCUUACUUAAGUCUGUCUGUUACUAUCUAUCUAUCUAUCUAUCUAUCUAUCUAUCUAUCUAUCUAUCUAUCUCAGUCUGUUUAUAUCUAUGUGUCGGUCUGUCUCUCUGACUCAGUUUAUUCUUAUCUAUCUAUCUAUCUAUCUAUCUAUCUAUCUAUCUAUCUAUCUAUCUAUCUCAGUCUUUUAUUCUUAUCUAUCUAUCUAUCUAUCUAUCUAUCUAUCUAUCUAUCUCAGUCUGUUCAUAUCUAUGUGUCGGUCUGUCUCUCUGACUCCGUAUAUUCUUAUCUAUCUAUCUAUCUAUCUAUCUAUCUAUCUAUCUAUCUAUCUCAGUCUGUUCAUAUCUAUGUGUCGGUCUGUCUCUCUGACUCCGUAUAUUCUUAUCUAUCUAUCUAUCUAUCUAUCUAUCUAUCUAUCUAUCUAUCUAUCUAUCUAUCUAUCUAUAGAGAUAGAGAGUAA